AAAGAUUUAGGAAUAUGGCCACCCUUCUUCCGUCGAGCAAAUUUAUCCCAUAACCAAAUAUGUCCUGACAUCACACAAUCUUACAUUAUAUACUCUAACCGGAUGAAGUAUGAAUACCAUCUCGAUGUCAGAAAGCCCUCUAGGUAUCAACAGAUACAAGAAAAGCGCGGCACGGCACUGAGCAGGCUCAGUUAAAAUUCAUAGACUACGGCUGCGUACGCACCUGCGUGAAGCGAGGGCCAUUUCAACCCAUUCCAGGGAUAUGGACAACAAAAUAUUCGACGCCGCCAUUUUGCUCGAGUCUGCGCGGAAGAUACUUUGCAAGGAUAUGAAAAUCUACUGGCGUACACAUUGUUCGACGUUUCACGGAUAUCAUACCCCGAGCAUUCAACAAAAACGUAAUGCUAAAAGUCUUUUGAUGAGUCGAGACCUACCUUUAGAAGACGUAGAUCAACUUAAGAGUUUCAUCGCUUCUUCUUGUGGCGUCUAUGUAAAAAAUUGUCGUUUGUAUUUUAUGGACGCUCUGAAUGUAGCUUUACUCGCUCCUGACAUCUGGUAGCUAAUGAAGAAACUACGAUAUCCAUGAUAGAUUGUUGGAAGUUGUUGGAGAGAUUGGAGCGGGUAUCUAUUUCAUUUUAACUGAUUCUUAGAAUAUCUGAUUUAAAAAUCAGUGUUGAUAUGAUACCAAUACAGUGGUAAUUGAAUAAUAAAUUUACAAUCGCAUCUGAAGUUGGAAUGGCAUGGACUUUUAUUGUUAAAUCCUACUUCACUGGAUAGCCCAUGCUUCCACUCUGAGAGUGCUAAGCAGGUUCUGAAAAUGCUUCAAUCAAGGGUGCUCAGAAGAUGCAGCCAGAGAAGGCUGAGCUCCGCAGCCCAACAAAUUGACACUAUAAUACGAGUGGACCAUGCAGGUGAACUGGGAGCUGAUCGAAUUUACGCUGGGCAAAUGGCAGUUCUAGGCAAAAGUAGUGUGGGGCCCAUGAUUCAACACAUGUGGGACCAAGAGAAAGAACAUAAAGCAAAAUUUGAAGAACUUAUAAAUAAAUACAGAGUUAGACCUACAGUUUUGACACCCAUAUGGAAUGUUGCAGGUUUUAUGCUGGGUGCAGGUUCUGCACUUCUAGGUCCAAAGGCAGCAAUGGCAUGCACUGUAGCAGUUGAAUCUGUAAUUGUCGAACAUUACAACAAUCAACUGCGGGUGCUUAUGUCAGAUCCAGAAAAAAACCAAGAACUUCUGACUGUAUUACAAAAAUUUCGGGAUGAUGAACAGGAACACCAUGAUAAAGGAUUAGAUGAAGGAGCAGAAGAGACUCCAUUUUAUGAAGCAUUUAGUAAUAUAAUAAAAUUUGGGUGUCGAGCUGCAAUUUCUCUGUCAGAAGUAGUAUAACUUUCUUUUCAGAACUCUCAUUAAUCAAUGUUGGAAAUUUAAUGAAACAUUUUCAAAUAAUUGCACAGGAGUCUGUUAUAUUCUAAAGUUCUGAAGAGUGCUAUAAGUUAAUGUGUAGGUGUAAUUUUAUUUCUGUAUUGUAUUUAUAAAGAUAUUUUCACAUCGAAUCAAUAUAAUUAAAAUUCACUUAUUUUUUUUAAAUUUUAAUAUUCAAGUUUAUUAUUUUGUAUGAGUUUAACUAUCUACUAACUGCUGUCUAACUAUUUAUUUAGCAAAAGAAAAAAAACAGUGUACUACACUUUCAAAAUGAAUAUGAAAAUUAUAUUCAAACAAAAAAAAAUUCAAAACCUGUUAAUAAAACAAGUUUUUAAUAAAUUGGGUCAAAAAAGUAAAUUACAG